AUGAUGCUCUUUGCCAUCACUCACAGAUGGAGUGCUUUGCAAAGCAGAUCUACUCACCCUCUGGGUAGGUGGGUAUGGCACGGGGAGGGGAGCUUGGUCUGACUCCUCUCUCUUCUUGUAGAUCUGGCUAUUGUUUUUGUUGUUUGACUACCACAUCUGAGUCCAUUUUCAUGUUCCCUCUGAGAACAAUUUGUAUACCACAGCACUUGCUGUUUUAAGUUUACCCAGGGCAGUGGAGGGAAGGAAGGAGUACAAAGCAUAGCAGAUGGCGUAGCAAUGGUAACAUCCUCUUGCCCUUUCCCUCUUCAGUCAGUCAGUCGAGAGAAUCCCGAUGCUGAGAGCAUGUUCUCCUAAUCUGGCCACUGGCACUAGAAUAAUCCUUUGUCUAGCGUAAAGCACUGCUGUUUCUACUACUGUACAAAACUCCAUGGCUUUGAACUGCAGGGAUGUGUGUAAACCUCUUCCUCUGGCAUUUUGUUUCUGGGGACUCAGUGACCAAACACCACAAAUCACGGCUAACCUCAGACAAAAUUGUUGCUUUCUUGGACAAAACCCAUCAGCUGUUGCUCCUGGUUGCUUCUGAGGAAAUUCUGUUACUUGGCUGACGGGGGUAUUACUGUUUAAAAAAAAAAAAAAAAAUCUGACCAGAAACUGAAAGACACUAAGAAAAGAAAAUCCAGGAAACACUCCUCCCCUGUGUUUGUAUCACUUUGCCCAGUCUGAGGGGCAGGAUAGGAAGUGUCUGCCAACUGGUAGUGCCUAAACAAAUUGUUGGAGUGCUGUGCCUCGUGUGGAGUUUCCAGGCUGAUUUUGGUAUAUAUAGUCUCUCUAUCCUUACAUGUGACUGUCUCAGUUCUCAGGUUUCUGGCAGAGUUCAAAUUCAUCCUCUCCCUCAGCCCCUGUGAAAAGGUUAGUGCAAGACUUCUUCAUCUCUUUGUCCUUUGCCUUCCUCUCAGUCUCCUUCUCACUCCAAACACAGUGAAAAAAUGGCUGUGGGGAACAAGAUUGUUUUGUGUAUCUUCCUCUAUCUCCUUAUGAUGGAGACAUUUGCAUGUUGAUCUACGUUGAGUAAUAGAGCUUGGAAGGAACCUCUGGAGAUUAGCCUGCUCAAAACAGGAUGAACUUGUGUCGAUAGAUUCUUAAGCAAUGAGCUGCUCUCUUGAUUUUGCAAGACCUCUUCAAAAAAUACGUAUUUUGUAUACAUAUGCAUACUUACAUAUACUGCAGUCACUGUGACUGUGUCCUCAGGAGGAACGAAAGCCACCAGCCUAUGCACGAGUCAUUUUGUUGAGCUUCGUGUCUGGUCUCUGUUAAUUUUCUCCACUUGAUAGAAGGUUCUUAGGUGUUAGAGACUGAAAGUUACGCAGUGCAAAUGGAAUCUAAAGCGCUGCAGGAUGUAAUCACUGUAAAUUUCUUUUCCCAGGGCUCUGAAGAAAUCACAUGCUUGCUUCUUAGAGGCAAAGAAAAGUAGAGUUUUUCAAUGCUUUUAUAGAGUAAACAUUAAGUGCCCACUGUUAAUGUAGUUUACAGCUUCACGUUUGGUUUGUUAGUUGUACAGUCUUGCGCUUUCAGAUUGACCUGGGCUGAGGUGUAAAUUCACAGCCCUACAGUUGGGCCUCCUCUGGAGCCUGGCAAAACCCACUCAGUAUCCCCAUAGAGGUGCCUGCAGCUAACAGUGACUGCUUCUGGUGAGAACUUGCAUGCUAGGGGAAGUGCAUGAAGGGACAAAGAUCAGUGAGAGAAUGCAGUAAUACUGUCUGCAUUUUUAGGAGGAGGAGGUUAAUAUUCCCACUGGGAAGCUAACAUUAAUUGAAUUCAUGAUUAAAAGUGGCCAGAACUCUUUGUGUGGCUAGUUUGCUGUUGCAAUACUUGCAUUUGUCUUAAAUAGUUUUGACGUCCUGCUGGACCAAAGGAGGGGAAGCCCUGAAAUCUGAAUAGCUGAGUCUGCCGCAGGUUGUGCUGAAUGUGUUUGAUGGGAUACCCUGUCUGGGAAGAGCAAAAAGGGGCAAAAAUUCUCCAUCGGUGCAGCUGUGCUGGUGACAGCAGCCAUGGAUUCAGCAGGGUAGAGAGAGCAUGGAUUUCCUGAUCUCAUCAGAAGGGUCUGAGCAACUCCAGAGUGAAUUAUGUUCUGCAGGCUCUUCUCUACCAAGGGACACUUUGCAAAAUAUUGUUACUCCUUUUCACUAGAACAGCUUGUCAGUGGGGGGUUGUUUCUACUGCAUGAAGUGUUAAUGGUUCUGUGCAGUUGUGGGUACUUAAAGAGAAUACACGUGAAGCCUAGUUUUACUGGGUAUGGCAAAAAUCAAACAGUAAACAUUCCCUUGCUCGAUAUUUCAGAGCUUUUUCGCCCUCUUCCAGUGUUCAGCUGGGAGAACUCCCUUUUCCUUUAGAACUUUUGUCUUAAGAUCAGCGUACCAAGUGCUUUGCUGGCUUGCUGUUGGUGUAUUACCAUCUUCCCUAAAUGCUCCUUCUGUCCCUAAAUAAAUGAAGUUCCACCAAAAUGAAGCUCUGUCCUGAGUUUGGACAGCAUUUCCUACUGGUGUUUCAGCUUUAACCAAGCUUCUGAGACUCAUCCUGAUGGAGGACACAGCAGUGAGAGUCAUUAAACUGAAGCAUACCAGCGUGAAGGAAAAACUAGGAUGAUGGCUGACAAGUUGCUUUGCCUUUCAGUAGGUCUCUUAGUCUGCAGUCCUCAAGUGUGCCUUUCACAUGAGUGAGCCCCAAACCACUUCUCUUCUGCUGAGCCAUGGCAGCGCUGAAAGGUGGGAGGUUCCAGCAGGGCCAUCACCAGUGUGGGACGGGUGGGAAAACUGUUCAGGCCUUUGGCUUGUACCAGCUUUGCAGAAAGUAUUUUGGGGUUGCUGAAGCUUGGCUGUCAGAGACAGGACAUCCAGCCAGGAUUUUAGGAUUAAGUGUACUUUCUUGGAGGAGGAAGUCUGAGCUAUCCUAGUGGGAAUUUUUUCUCCUGAGAUGACAAUAAUACUAACAACAGCAUCAUUGCUUUCAUUUAAUUCGGGACCAUAAAGAGAAAGCUUAGCAUAUGGAGAAACUGAUACACAGCUUGAAGUGAUGGUAGGGAAUCCAGAAGUCCUUGCUUCCAUCACUAGGCAGGCUCUAGGAUUUCUUCAUGGCCCAGCUUGUCCAUGGCUGCCUGAUCUUUUCAGUGCUGCAUUGCAUACUUAUACACAGGUUUUCGUUGCCAAAGCUGUGGAUUACUCUUCUGUCCAUAAUCCCAUUUUGUUUCUAUAUAGAGCAGCAUAUUCACAUGGUCUGUUUCAUCCUUCCAUAGGGAAUAGAUCUGCUCUUCCCCCUUCCUGCCCCCCAUAAAAAGCAAUAUUUAGGACUAAAAUUUUGUUUUUUGUUUUUAAGUUUCCUUUGGCUGUGACUGGAAAAAUUAACACUGCUCAGCCCUCUCCCUGUUGCCCCCCCCCCCCCCCCCCCCCCAAAAAAAAAAAAAAAAGAACAAAAUUGUUCAUUCUCAGAGUGGCUGCUCUUUCUUCUCAGUAAACUGAGGCUACGCAUUGUUCUCUUAAAGCACCAGAAGCUAGGCACAGGCUCCCAUCAGCAGCAAUGACAGCGAAGCCUGGCCAAGAAAAGCAAGUGGGUGGCCUCAUUCCUUUUGGGAACAAUAGGAAAUGGCAACCAUUUCUGGUAAAAAUAAAAGCUCGCUAUGAAGCAGACAAAUGUUGAAAGCUCAGUACACAGUGCUGAAGAAGAGACUUUUCUUAGGAUGAACAAAUUACAGAAAUUGCCUAUGAAUCUGCUUAAGAUCUCCCUACCCUGGAAAAAAAAUCCAAUUUAGUGUAGCCUCUGCAUGAGAUUCUGUGAGGUUUAAUAGAAAGGGUGGUGUAAGUUUGCCUUGCAUGUUCUGCCAGGCAGAACAGUAAGGUACGUUUCAAACCUUUAUAUUUCCUCAGAAACCUGUUUUCAAGCAAUGUCACCUUAGAAGCUAAUUCAUUAAUUCAAUUGAAAGUCCUCUUGCUUUAUUUCUGUACACAAACUGCAGCAACUGAUAAUGAGGCAGUACGGAAAUCCUCAUAUGUAUGCUACAGCAUCAGGCUAAGUGUAAAAUUUCAUUUUAACUGUAAAGCUGGGAAGGCUUUUUCACACUAGUCUCGCUUGGUGUUUGUUUUUUGUUGUUGUUUGUUGUUGGUUUUUUUUAAGCUUGAAAGUUGCUUCUUAAAAACAAAGUGGCUACCUUUUCGUGGUAUGAUUGAGAGAAAACAGGUUGUUGCAGGUGUGGGGGGGGAGCUGGAUCCCACCUAACUCCUCUGCCCAAGUGCAGCACUGGUCAAGUUGUUGGAUGGAGGGGGAUGCUUUGUGCUGAUUUCCUUUUACCCAAUUGUGCUUUGUGGGAUGUUCAACUCAAGGAACAUGGCUGAACGAAAGAGGAAGCCCAAGUUUUCCAAAGAAGAACUGGACAUCUUGGUCACAGAGGUGACCCGAAAUGAAGCCAUGCUGUUUGGGAGGGAGACAGUGCGUCUGUCCCAUGCUGACAGGGACAAGAUCUGGGAAGACAUAGCCAGGCAGAUCACAUCAGUCAGCCAGGUCCCCAGGUCUGUAAAAGACAUUAAACACAGAUGGGACGACAUGAAGAGAAGGACCAAGGACAAACUGGCAUUCAUGCAGAGAUCCCUUUCUAGCCCCAGCAGCAAGGGGCGGCCCUCGGCCAUCGUCCUGACCGCCCAUGAGAGAGCUAUCAAGUCAGCGCUGCAUUCAUCACACCACGUGCGCGGCUUCCGGAGAGCGGAUCUGGAUGUGGUUGGCAGCCCAUCAACAAGCUCUGACGAAGAUGAGGACAUGCCAGGCACUUCUCAGGAGCACCGCUCCUCAUCGCUGCAGAGGGCUAGUGUAGAAAUCAGCCAGCUCUCCGAGCCCUCCUUCCUCCACACCUCUUCCUCGUCGGAGCACUCAGAAGCUGUAAGCCAAAGACAGGAACUGCACCGUCCUUCACCACGCACCUCCUCGUCCUGCAGAUCCUCACAUCCCCGGACACGGAGCCCGCCUCUCUCCAGCUUUGAUCGCCAGCUUCUUCAUUCCCACCUGCAACAAACAGACCUGUUCAGGCAAUUCUGCCAGGAGCUGGUGGCUAUUCACAGAGACAUGGCAGAAAGCAUGCAUGUCAUUGGUCAGAAGAUGACCAACCUCACCAGUCAGGUUGGCCAAAUGUGCCAGACCCUAUCAGAAAUCCAUGAUGGGGUCCAGAGUUUUCAUAGGACACAGAACCCUAGUGUCACAUGGGGGCCUCUUCUGCAAGCAGCUUGCUCAAAACCACCCCCUGAGCCCGGUGCAGAGUCUAACCACCUGCCUCCAAAACAGACUCCUCCUGCACGGACUACCAGGUCACGAAAGAGAAAACACCAUAUUUAGUCUGCUUCAUAUAAAGUAAAGAAGGUUGCCCUGUCCAGAGCUGCUGCAUGCUCACAUGGCCUCUCCAUGUGCGUUAGAACUAUGUGGGGGAGGUUAACAGCCAACCCCAACUCAUCUAUCUCCCUGCUAAUGUCUAACAAAGCACUGUGAAUUACAACAGCUAAAUUAUAUGGCUGUCCCUCUGCAAUGACAAAGAGGAAUCUCAGACCUUACGGAGCUUGGGAUGUAGGGCAUCUUCCUAUUCAUAGAGACUAGAAGAUUUCACUAUUUUCCCCAUGCUUUAAAUGCUUACUAAGCUAAGAGGUGCAGUAGGAAUCAUUAUCUUGAUCUCUUUUUGUGCCUGCAAAACAUGAUGUACUGAGGCAGCAUCCUAGAGAACUCCCUUUGCUAUCAACCCACAGAUUGACCCUACUACUGCCUUCCCAUCAUCUUCCUGCAAAUUACAAUAUGCACAGUGCAGGGUCUUAACUAAUGGAUGCAUCCUUUGCAGCUCUAAAGAUUUCUUGCUCAUUAUUUUUAUCUUGUGCUCAGCAAUAAUGGGCAAUUCAGGGCUUACUGUGACUGUUAGGCAUAGGUUUGGGGAAAGGUAUGUAAAAGCAGAACAUAUGCAGGGAAGGGAAGAAAGCACAAUGCUGAGAGAUCUUUCUGCCAUCAGAAUGACAGGUGAAAAGAUCCGAGCUCUGUGUGGCAUUAGGCUGCUGAGAAGGGCUGCUCUGGCAUGUGCCUGGAUGCUGUAUUACCACAUGCAUUUAAAGAAAAGAGUUUAAUCUCUUUCUCCUCCAGUCUGUGUGAAAAUUCCGUCUGCCUUUCACAAUUGAAGUUAAAAUACAAUUAUUCCGCAGUGUGAUGGCUCUUAAACAGAAUUGUAUCAUAUUAUUUUCUUUCAUGUUGUAAUCUUCAGUUUUGAACGACCUCUCCCUCCAUAAAGUGUAAGAGACUGCAUGGAAAUAAGGGAAGAUACAGGGCUUGCUUCUGCCCUCGAGAACAAUUUGUGUCGUUAUAACUCUGUUGACUUCAGUACAGUUGCUUUGGAUUUGCUCAGUAUUACUUGGGAUGGAAUCUGUGCUGUGGUCUCCGAUUGUGCAAAGUUUACAUCUAAAUUCCCAGCUAUAUAGUUUAAUGUCUUGAACAUUUUGGCUUUCUACUGCUUUCUAUCCCCAUACAUAUGCAAGAAAGAACUGCUGAAACAUUUUAAUUGCUUUAGUGCUGCAUGAUGUUUCCAUGUACAAUCCCAGUUCUGAAAGUAGGCUUUAAUAAUGUCACCUCAGAUGGGGAUAAUGUAUUUGGCAGCUCUUUUUACAGCAUGACUGUUCUCUGCUUGAUUUGCACAUCUGUACCUACUGUGCUGCCCCAUCUCUGAAUAAGUCUGGACCAUUAUCAUGUCACGCCCCAGCAGGGAAGAGGGUCAAGGUGGUACCUACACACAGCACACCACUGCUCUCUGGGCUGUCCCGUUGCAGGUACAGAUGGGAUGCAGAAAACUAUUCAAGUCAAUGUGAAUGCCCAUUGUCGUUCUGCAUGUGAGCUAUAGACUUGAUCAAAAAGCUGUAUUAGUUUCAGCAGGAGCUGAACAUGGGCAGCGCAGAGUAGCAGAAGGAUGUCAUAUGUGUUCUUGGGGGAUCAUCUUCAUUAGUCUGUUUGGCCUGUCCUUUGAAAGCAUAGUGCACUAGCUUUUCUGGUGACUGUAUGUCUCCUAUGUCAGACAUUCUUGAUGUGCUUUUCUUUUUUUCUUUUUAAUUGUUCUGUAGUCCUAGCUCAAGUAAUUUAUUUUUAGUGGUGUGGUAAAAGGCCCUUGCUCAAGGAAGUAGAGCUCUAGUAAAGAGAAAACCCGCCUUUCUUCUGAGGAAUGGCCCACUUUGGUUUCAUACAGAGGAAGCUCCUUGUAGUGCCGGUGCCAGAGCAGGGCACUUACCUUCCUGUGAGGACAUCCUUUUACUUCUCUUGUACUGUUUGUAUUCUGCAAACACAGUCUCUUGAAGGGAAUGCUGGGGAAAAUGCUAGAAGUAGAUCUAAUAAUACGAAUCACAGAGAACUGAAAAAUGGUGAUAUGUUUUAAAGGCUUUCUGAGUCAUUACAGUGCUGCUGCUAUGUAUCAGAGAUAGUAUUUUAUAUUUUUAUAAUAAUUGAUCCCUUCUGAUGUUCUCCCGUGAAUGUGCUUGAUACGAUUAGCUCCUUUGAUGUUGUCUGGUGGGGAUCCCAUGCAGGAACCCUCAGGUCAGCAGAGGAGGAGGCUCCCUGCAGUGCUGAGCACGUGGGGGAGUUAGGGGUGCUGUUGGCAUCAUCGCUGCCAUCAGUUUGCCUGCACAAAUGCCUUUAGAGGGAGAAUCUGUUGUCUUGGCACAGGAACUGCAGCCGUCAGUACAGCCCCCCCAGAGGGGGGGAUUGAAGACUGAGUUCUCCCCCAGUUUCAUCUGUGGACUGUUACAGAUUGGCCCAGAUCGGGAGACCUAUUGCCUGCCCUGUGUAGACCCCUCAGUGGAGUGGCUUUUCUGUACUGGCUUGCAAAGGAUAUUUACGUCUGUACACAGCAUGUUAACUGGCUGUUGAAGUAAGUGCUCGUGUCAAAGCAAACUGCUGUGCUCAGCCCCACUAUCCCCAUGCCUUGUCCAUGCUGAAAAAUUCUCGAAGUAUUUUUGUUAAGAUUACAAUAAAUAUUUAACACUUUUAACACA